GGGUGGAGUAAAGGAGAGGCCGGAAAGGCAGCUGGAUGUGUCUGUCUAUCAGUGGGAGCUGUCUGGAUGCGCCGCGCAUCACCGAACGUGCGCACGUUUUCCACUGCGGAGAAUAUCCGGGGCACGCUUCUUUUUCUUUUAUUCUCGGGAAAAGAAGAGAAUAAAACAGUUACACAUUUUAAGAAAAACAAGGAAAUAAUAAGAACAACAGAAGAGGAAGAAGAAGGAGGAGGAGGAAGAAGAGUGGUGGUCGGAGGGCGCGUCUGCUCCCCGUGUCUCCUCAUGACUUUCUGAGAAAUUCGUCAAGUGUCCGUGUUGACAAAUCGGGCGGACAGCGAACAAUAGGUCGGAUACCCGGAGCGGGCACCGUGUCGGACGCGCAGCCGGAGAGAGAGAACGCACCGCGGCGCAGUUUGGACUCCGCCACCGGGCGAGUUGAAGGAGACACAGGAAGCUCCGCGUGCCUCCACGAUCGCUGCGAAUAGAGGUAUGAGAAAUAGUCCGGUGAAGGGGCUGGCACACGCGUUUUUGAUGGGAUCGCGGUGAAGGGAGCUCCGGCAGCUGUCCAUAUCCCUCCUCGGUAGACUGAGAUCCGCACGGAGCUUUUUUCUUAUUUCAUUUUUUUGGCUGCCCGCGAUGAGUUUGUGUGAUCGGCAGAAGUUAAAGGACGAGCCCGUGUACAGCUGAAUCCACCACCAUCUUCAUUUUGUCAUUUUUUUUCUCACCGGGACGCACCGAUUCCCCAAAUGACCAGAGACGCAUAGAGAUUUAAAACCCUCGCCCCGAAAGAGCCGAGCAGAGACCUCUGCACCCUGCGAGGGAUCUACUCGGUCGUCCGCCCAGAUAUCCUCCUCUCGUCCAGCCCAAAGAACCGGAGGAGCGAAGAGAGAAAGCGGUUCUGGCUUUGAUUUCCUCCCGUCUCGUCCCGCUAUUCUGAUCUCUGCAUGAAAAGUCAAGCGGAAAGUCUUGCAGCAGCAUGCCGAGGAUAAAGCAGCAAGCGCCGCGGCGGUCAGAAGCUUAUGGACCCGAUGACGAACCUGGAUUGGACAAAAUUGAUGAAGAGGAACAUCUGCAGGAUGAUGGCCUCUCUCUGGAUGGUCAAGAUGCAGACUAUCUGUUCAAUGAAGACGAAGAGGGAAGAGAUCACUUCAGCUGCCAAAACUCUCCACUUAGCAAUGGCACCAACCCAGAUGCAGGGUAUGCCUCCCCACUCAGUACCACCAGUGAUCAAAUGGUGGACCUUAAGACAAUGUCUUCCUCUAAUGAUGGUCAAGAAAAGUUUGAGGAGAAGCUGGAGGAAAGCGCAGAGUCCAUCAAUGGCCUCUCACUACAGGACAGUCUGACGAAAAUGAAAGCUGUCUAUGCAAACCUGAUUUCGGAUGCCUCCUGGUCCAGCAUUGCUAUGGACAUGCUUAAACAAGGGAACAAUUUUGCCACUAGCAACGGCAAUGGGAGCAAUCACAAAGGAAGCAAUGGGUUCCCGAACAGUCACAGCCCAGGGAGCAUCCAGACGAAAGGCAGAUGUAGCAGUAGCAAUGCCUCGGCCACUACUAAUAAUACCACCAGCAGUACCACCACGAGAACAGUGUCGAGCAGCAGCCACAGUGGCACUAGUGUUAGUUCUGGCAGCGCAGGAGGAUUAUCCUAUGACUGGCACCAGGCAGCAUUGGCCAAAACUCUACAGCAUACUCCAUACCAACUCCUUCCUGAGCCUAGCCUUUUCAGCACCGUGCAGCUUUACAGACAAAAUAAUAAGCUCUAUGGCCCGGUGUUUACAGGUGCCAGCAAGUUCAGGUGCAAGGACUGUAGUGGGGCCUAUGAUACUUUGGUUGGCCUGACAGUGCAUAUGAAUGAGACAGGCCAUUAUCGUGAUGAUAAUAAGGAUAAAGAGGAUGAUCGAAGCAAGAAGUGGUCCAAACCACGCAAGCGUUCCCUGUUAGAGAUGGAAGGCAAGGAAGAUGCCCAGAAAGUUCUUAAAUGUAUGUACUGUGGCCACUCUUUUGAAUCCUUGCAAGACCUUAGUGUUCACAUGAUCAAAACAAAACACUAUCAGAAAGUGCCUCUAAAAGAACCAAUGCCAGCCCUCACCAAGCUGGUACCCCCAACCAAAAAAAGAGCAUUUCAAGACUUGAUGUCCCCAAGCUCACCUGAGUCUGUCUCAUCUGGCAUACUCAUGGGAGAGUCUCCCAAAGACCAAAAAAUGUCUAAUCCCUACGUCACCCCUAACAAUCGAUACGGUUACCAAAAUGGUGCCAGCUACACUUGGCAGUUUGAGGCACGGAAGGCACAAAUUCUUAAAUGCAUGGAAUGUGGCAGUUCACAUGAUACCUUGCAGCAGUUGACAGCCCAUAUGAUGGUCACGGGACACUUUCUGAAAGUCACAAAUUCAGCCUCUAAGAAGGGUAAGCAGUUAGUUUUUGAUCCUGUCAUUGAGGAGAAAAUUCAGUCCAUUCCUCUGCCACCAACUACCACACGACUCCCAGCACCCAAUGGGAAGUCACAGAAUGACUCCCCAUUGCCGCCCUCUAGCCCUGAGGACCGAAAUGAAGAAAAAAAAGAUGAGUUGAUUGAGGAAGAGAAAAUGGAAUUUAGGGAACCAGAGAGAAAAAUCAAAGAGGAGAAGGAAGACCCCCCGGAAAAAGCUGAUAAACCUAGAAAGGCUAUAUCUUGUCAGUAUUUGAGAGAGGAAGACUUGGAAGAGACACCCAAAGGUGGCUUUGACAUUAUCAAGUCUUUAGAGAACACAGUUUCAAGUGCCAUCACCAAGGCCCAAACAGGCACACCAACCUGGGGUGGAUACACAAGCAUUCAUGCCGCCUAUCAGCUCCACGGAUCUAUAAGGUCUAACUUUCCCUCAUCAGCACAGGUUCAACCUUUGUUCAGCAGCAACAGCUUGAAGGCAUUUUCCGCUGAUCUAGGUACUCUGAUCCAUUCACCAAAUAGCCCCUCUCCACCUCCAAGUCACAAGAGCAACGUGCUGGCCAUGGAAGAGCUAGUAGAAAAAGUGACAGGGAAAAGACAAGUAAAGAGUGAAAAAGAGGAGAAGCACCUAGAGAAUAAGAGUAAGUCAGCAAAGUCACCAUUGACAAAUCUAAAGGAUAAACGAGCUUCAACAAAUCCUGACAAUGUCUCAAAGGCAAAGAAAUCCUCUGCUGCAGAGGACCAGACUGAAUCAAGAGGCAAAGAUGGAGAGCAGACAGCGAGAGAAGUAGAGAGACAUAUUAAGAGUGAAGUUGAUUCACCAAAAAAGCCUGUAAGCAAUGGCUGCAAUAACCUGAGCAUCAUCACAGAUCACUCUCCUGAACAACCACUUGUGAACCCUCUCAGUGCUUUGCAGUCUAUCAUGAACAACCAUUUGGGAAAAGCUUCAAAAGUGGCAACACCCUUCAGCGACCCGUUUGCAAUGCUUCACAAGAUCAACAGCAACUCGGCCCCGAAUAAGUCAGCCGAGCCGGUGAGUCAGUAUCAUGAGGAGGAAGAUGAGCAGCCCAUGGACUUAACAAAAUCCAAAAACACCAAUGGCAUUACCACUAAGGGUACUUCUACUUCACCACACAACAACAGCAGCAACAACAGCAGCAGCAACAGCAAACCAGCUUUCCGAGCUUUCUCUCAGUCUUCAUCACCCCCUCUGCGGGAGAAUGCUUUGAUGGAUAUUUCAGACAUGGUGAAAAAUCUGACCGGCCGUUUGACACCAAAGUCUACAACCCCAUCUUCCAUCUCUGAGAAAUCUGACGGCGACAGCUGCACUUUUGAGGACGGCCUGGAGGAGUUGUCUCCCAUCCAGAGACGGAAAGGCAGACAGUCAAACUGGAAUCCUCAACACAUCCUGAUUCUCCAGGCCCAGUUUGCCUCCAGUCUCAGAGAGACUCCUGAUGGAAAGUUAGUGAUAACUGACUUGGGGCCCCAGGAACGGGUCCAUAUCUGUAAAUUCACUGGUCUCUCCAUGACUACUAUCUCUCAUUGGCUGGCCAAUGUAAAAUACCAGUUAAAACGGACAGGAAGCACAAAGUUCCUAAAAAAUAUUGACUCUGGCCAGCCUCUGUUUUUGUGCAGUGACUGUGCAUCCCAGUUCAGGACUCCUUCCUCCUACAUUCACCAUUUGGAGUCCCAUCUUGGGUUCACCCUGAAGGACCUGUCCAAGCUAUCCAUAGACUUACUAGAGCAUCAAGCAGUCAGCAGAAUAGAGGACAAGACUUUCGGUCUGAGUCCCUCUGGACUCACAGAAGAAGACACUGGCUCCAUCUAUCAGUGCAAACUGUGCAGUCGGACAUUUGUGAGCAAACAUGCAAUCAAAUUGCACCUUUGCAAAUCCCAUGGGAAGUCGCCGGAGGACCACCUCAUCUUUGUGAAAGAGCUGGAAAAGUUUGACAAAUAAUGAAGUCAGACAAAGUUGACAGCUUGACGGAUCACUGUUGCACUAUGACUCUAAGCUUCAAUCUGUCAUAACGAAUGGUGCCACAACUGUAUUAAGCAUUGCUGGGACGUAUAUUGUAAUGCUGACAUGGUAGCUUUAAUACCACUUAUUGUAAUUAUUCAACUGAGUAAAUGGCAGGAGCAUGCACUACCGAGGCUCGAAGAUGUGUUAGAGAAGGUUUUGGUGACAUAAAUGUACCAAAUCGGUGCAGCAGCCAUGGCACUAUGUAGUGACUGACUGAUUGUUGCUUUUGUAAUGCACUGCAUCUUUUCUGAGCCUUUGGGAGAAGUACAUCUUGUUUUUAAACUGGGCCAUGCUCUUAUUUUGAUCACUGUUUCUCAAUGGUUUUUAAGAUAAAUAUAUUUCAACACAACUUGCAUAUUAUUUAUGAGACGGUUUCUGCAUGUUUCUUAUGUAAAGCAGUGAGCAUAUUAUGUCUAAUGAACUUUUAACCACGAUGACAAAGCUAAUAUCCCUGGUUGUCAAAUUUUGCAUACCGCCGUUUAUAUGAAGGUACAUGGUUUAGAAACGAGGCCAUGUGACAGAUGGUGUUCUAAAACGUUACGGUGAUUUCAGCACUUUAGGGAAGUGUUAACUGAUGAAGACUUGUGGGUACAAAUAACCGCACAUCACCGUUUUGAGUUUCAAUUCCCUCGAUCAACAUGGCAUCGUGGGGACUAGCUCUGAUGUUGCUUUGUGUUUUGCCAUUAAAUCACAGAAUGUCUCACAAAAUGUCAAGAAUCUUUGUUUCUCCAGUUAAAUAUAAUUUCCUGGUUGUUUCAACAUGUACAGUAUUUGCAGUAGGCUACCAGUUUUAUUAUUGUGAAGCUAUAAAUAAAGUUUAAAAGUUAUCGUAUGAAUAAUCAGCAAGUAUGUGUACAUGUAUGUCAACAUAUAUUGCUCUUUACAGUUCAGCAUUAUUUGUACUGUGUGCAUUUUUAUAAUGUUAUUUUCUAAAACAAUUAUGGGGGGGGUGUAAAGCUACAGAAUAUUGUUGGACCGUAAUGCCAUUUUUUUCAGUGAAAAGUAGGUCCUGCAAUGUGGUUUACAUCAAAUUACAGAAAUUUACUGGCAUCUGCUCUGAUGCAUGGUACUGUACAUAACAUUUAAAAAAAAAUAUUGCUCAUUGAUAGAAUUCCAGGUUUUUGUCCUCGACCCCAGUUAUUCAGAAUGCCAUUCUUUUAUCCUCAGUUGUGAAAUAAACUCCAUGUCCUGGAUUAAA